UACCACAGGGAGAGCGAAAACAGAUAUAGCAAUGUUUGUAAAAGCAGUAAUUCUCAGCGCCCUAGUGGCAGUGGCCACCGCUGGAUUCCUUCCAGCGGCGCCAGCGGCAGUGGCAUAUCAACAAGCUCACGCUCCCGUGAUUUAUCAUUCGGCACCUCAACCUGUCGCUUAUCACGCAGCUCCGGUGCCCGUAGCUUAUGGACAUCCAGCGCCAGUGUCUGUUCAAAGGACUAUCAAUCCAGAGGAUGAUCCACAUCCUCAGUACAGCUAUGCUUACGAUGUUCAGGAUGCUACAACGGGUGAUUUCAAGAAUCAGCAAGAGAGCCGAGAUGGUGACACAGUGCACGGCAGCUAUUCUCUCCUAGAGGCCGAUGGAACACGCAGAAUUGUCGAAUACACUGCCGAUCCGAUCAACGGAUUCAACGCUGUUGUUCACAAAGAACCGGCUCAAGUCGCUGUGAACGCUGUUCAUGCCGCUCCUGUUGUGCAUGCAGCACCCGCCUAUAUUCAUCAUCAUUAG